AACAAUGCAUUCUCUCUCUUUCUCUCUCAUUCGAUCCCGUCCAAGUUAGGGAUUUCUUUGACACUCCACCCUCUCUUGGAUCCCCACCUCCCCCAAAGAAAAUGCCCACGAAUCUCCAAAUCAACACCGACUCUCCCCUCUCUCUCCUGCCACUCCCGAGCCUUCCCGCCAAAACGGACGGCCAUGAUCGGGGUCUACACAGCUCCGAUUGCCACGCGGUGUGGCACGACGCCGCUCUGGUAGUCUUCUCGGUGGGCUUCGUGGUGUACCUGGCGCUCCACGCGAAGAAGAACGUGAAGAAGCUCUGCAAUCGACGCUCCUACAUCGUGAUUUCCUACUACGCCCUACUCUGGGUCGCUACCCUUCUCAACCUCACUUGGUCCUCUCUCCAGGCAUGGCAAUGCUCUCCUGGGAAGGAGGCAGCGUGGAAUGUCCUGUCAUUGUUCACAACAUCCGGGAUGCUUUGUUUGGAGAUUAGCUUGUUGGCUUUCUUACUCCAGGAAGAUUACACUAAUGGGUUGGAUUCUUUGGCGCAUAAUUUCGUUGUCUCGGGGAUUGUUGUUGGUGUGGAUAUGCUUCUUAAGGUAAUUUAUGUAUUUGGGUUUGGGGUCCCACUGUUCAUCGAUGGUGUUGGAAGUACAAAUAAGGUAAAGUGGGGUUUGUGGAUCAUCCACCAACUAUUGCUUACUGGAGUCUAUGGCUUCAUAUUGUUUGUGCAUUUCUCAAAAUGGAGAGACAAGCUACCUCCCAGACCAACAUUCUACAACUACAUCGUGAUAAUGUUUGUGGUUAAUGCAGCAGCAUUAUUUGCCUGUGGGCUUGCUGGGAUCGGGACUGGCUUUGGGAUUUGGUUGUACAAUCUCACAGUUAUCUGCUAUCACUCCUUUUAUCUACCUUUUCUGUAUAUAACUUUUCUAGCUGAUUUUUUCCAGGAGGACGAUUUUCUUUUGGAAAAUGCAUAUUACUCCGAGAUGAAAGAUGCUGGGUUCUUUGAUGCUGAUUGGGAUUAAUACAUUCACAAUUUGUGCAUGGGAAUACCCUUUGUUUUCUACUCUGUAAAUAAAUGUAUAGGAUGUCCUCUUGGAUUCUGUGCAUCAUUACACUGUAAUGUAGGAAAUUUUACCCCA